AUAAUGUGAAAGAAAGAAGCCAAGAAGAGGAAGAUAAAUAUUCAAAGCAAGCUUUAUUCUUCAACAACAGAAUAUUGAUUAAGGAGAGAAAUAAGACCUUGGGAGAAACAUUUAAUAUGGCCACAAACCCAGUACCCUCAAGAAAACGAUCCCAUAAAUUUGACUCAUCUAGAACAAGUGUUUCAGAAUUAAUUGUUAGUAAUGGAAACCAUGUAAGAAAAAAGUCUAAUGAUAUGAAUGGAUGUGGAUUCCUUGAUACUAUGCAUGAGAAAACUCAUAUAGGGAACAAGCCCUGUGAAAAUGACCACAAGAAGAAAUCCCACAGAUAUAAUGAGGACUUUAGUCAACAUCAGAAGAAUUCUGUUUUGGAGAACGUUCUUGAAUAUAAUAAUUGUGGGAAAGCCUUUCACAAAAAGACUGUCUUUGUUACACAUAAGAGAGCUCACAAAGGAGAGAAACCCUCUGAAGGUAAUGAAUACAGACAAGCCUUCACCCCAAAAUUAAAGCUCAAUGCUUAUCUGAGAACCCUUAAGGAAAAGAAACUACAUGAAUCCAGUAAAAAUAGGAAACCCUUAUGCAUGAAGUCAACACGUGUACAUCAGAGAGUUCACGUACGAGAGAAACACUAUGAUUGUAAUAAACUGGGGAGAUCCUUUGGCAAGAAGUCAAACCUUACUCAACAGCAGAGAGAGUACAGAGGAGGAACACCUGAUGAGUGUAGUGAAAGUGAGGACACCUUGCAGAAGUCAUACCACACUCAAAGUGAGAGAACUCACAUCGGAGAGAAAAUCUAUGAAUGUGAUAAAUAUGGACAAUCCUCCCAUGAAAAGCCAUGCUUUCCUCAACAUCAGAGAACUCACACAGCAGAAAAACCGAGCAAGUGUCAUGAUCGUGAGAGAGUCAUAACGGAGUCACACCUCACUCAAAAUCAGAGAAUUAACACAAGAGAGAGAAGCUUUAAAGAUGGUAAGUGUGAGAAGUUAAAACUCGCUCGACACCAGAGAAUGCACCCAGGGAAGAAAACUGCUGAGUGUCACAAAAGUGGGAGGGCUUUAAGUAAGAAGUCACACCUCACUCAAAAUCAGAGAGCUCACCACAGAAAGAAAGCCUACGACUGUAAUAAAUGUGGGAAAAGCUUUCAUAAGAAAACAGAGCUUACUCAACAUCAGAGCACACACACGGGCAAAAAACCCUAUGAGUGUAAUGAAUGUGGGAAGUCCUUCUUUGUGAAAUCCAACCUCACCGAACAUCAGAGAACUCACACAGGAGAAAAACCGUAUCAAUGUAAUGAAUGUGGGAAGUCCUUCUGCCAGAAGUCAGCCCUCACAGUGCAUCAGAGAACUCACACGGGAGAGAAACCGUAUCAAUGUAAUGAGUGUGGGAAAACCUUCUGUGUGAAAUCCAACCUUACUCAACAUCAAAGGACCCACACGGGAGAGAAACCGUACAAAUGCAAUGAAUGCUGGAGAUCUUUCUGUGUGAAAUCCAACCUUGUUGUACAUCAGAGAACUCAUACCGGAGAGAAACCCUACAAAUGUCCUGAAUGUGGGAAAACCUUCUAUGAAAAAUCGGCCCUCACAAAACAUCAGAGAAUUCACACAGGGGAAAAACCCUAUGAGUGUAAUGAAUGUAGGAAAACCUUCAGCCAGAGGUCAGCCCUCACCAAACAUCAAAGAAAAACACACAAGAAGAAAACUCCCAUCCAUGUUGCCCACAAGCAGAAACCUGCAUCCACAAAUCAGGUUCGGUGAAGAUCAGCCAAAUCACAGGGCCAAAAAGCUAAGAUGUCAACACACAAAGGAGUCUUCAUCAAUCAGUUAUAGCUUAUUGGAACUAGAGGAUUAAUACAGGAGUGAAACCUUAUGAGUGCUUGGAACAUGUGAAAGCUUUCAGCAAAUAUUCAAAAAUAUGGAGGGGAAAUUUAUCACUUUAAAGAAUAUGGAUAAGAAUGUUCUUGUGAAAAUGUUAAGUAGAAGUCAUAUUUUGGAUGUGAUGCCAAACUUAUUAGAGAAAAGAUAAACAGAAAAUGUCCUGUUAAUUGACUGUGAAAUGUGUACCUUUUAUAAAAGCAGGAAUACUUUAAGUCAUUGAUACAAUAACAUUAAAUAUAUAUGUGAAGACUUUCUGAGGUGUAUUGAACUAUAUAUUGGCAUACAGUAUGUGAGCAUGCCAUAGAACAUGAGUUAUGUGUAUGUUGGAUUUGUGAUCAAAUCCACCACUGUCUCUGAAUGUCAACAUAUGGUGUACAUAGACUAAGUGAAAACUGAACAGUCCCAUAACCUGUGACCCAACAGUCCCACUUCUGGAUACAUACCCUAAAGCAAUAGUU